AUGUGCUACUGUGACAGUGACCCCAGUUCUGGGUCAGAGGCCACCUGCACUGUAGACCUGGAGCUUCCAUCUCCUCCUUCUGCCUCUGCUGAGCAGACCUGCUCCGAUGACCUCUGGGCCACAUGGAUGCCCGGGGACCAGCAGGUCACCAGGCCUGAUCCCUAUCUGAUGGCGCUGGGCAGCGCGGACGACGAGCUGAGCGCCAAGCUGCUGCGGCGCGCCGACCUCAACCAGGGCAUCGGCGAGCCCCAGUCGCCCAGCCGCCGCGUCUUCAACCCCUACACCGAGUUCAAGGAGUUCUCCAGGAAGCAGAUCAAGGACAUGGAGAAGAUGUUCAAACAGUAUGAUGCCGGCCGGGAUGGCUUCAUCGACCUCAUGGAGCUGAAGCUCAUGAUGGAGAAGCUCGGGGCCCCCCAGACCCACUUGGGCCUGAAGAACAUGAUCAAGGAGGUGGACGAGGACUUUGACAGCAAGCUCAGCUUCCGGGAGUUCCUCCUGAUCUUCCGCAAGGCGGCAGCUGGCGAGCUGCAGGAGGACAGUGGGCUCCACGUGCUGGCCCGCCUCUCUGAGAUCGACGUCUCCACUGAGGGCGUCAAGGGGGCCAAGAGCUUCUUCGAAGCCAAGGUCCAGGCCAUCAAUGUGUCCAGCCGCUUUGAGGAGGAGAUCAAGGCGGAGCAGGAGGAGAGGAAGAAGCAGGCCGAGGAGCUGAAGCAGCGGAAGGCGGCCUUCAAGGAGCUGCAGUCCACCUUCAAGUAGCCCGCAGCUGGGCCUGACCACCCCGCCGGGGCCUAGCGUCCAGCCCAGUGGGCAAGGGCCGGCGGGGUGGCCCCUCUGGGGCCAGGUCUGCUGCUCAACCCUCUGAAGGGACCACUUGGAAAAACCUGAUGUCUGUGAAUGAACAAGCGAAGGGUCCCGAGGGGCCCAGCCUCCGCUGCUCCCUCCCGCUGAUCCUGGGCCAUGACUCCAGCGGGCGCACUGCCGGCCUGCCCUCCCUGGCCGUUCCUGCGUCUCUAGCUUCCAUGUCACACCAGCUGCCCUGCCACCUGCUCCCACGCUGCUGCCCUUGUGGGCUCCUGCUCUGGGCUCUAGGACACACUCUCCUGCUCACAUGCUGCCCCUCCUCCGCCCUCUCCGCCCCAUCUCCCAGCCCAAGUCUGUGCUCACAGCCCCAGGGCCCCAAGAGCCCCUACACAGAGGUGGGGAGGAGACCAGGGUGGGGGCAUCAGACAUGGAAAGAGCCAGGGCCCCUGGGCAGAUAGAGCCCAGGGCUUUACCUGCAGCCCUGCCACCCUCACUUCUGGUGGGACGGGAGUGGGUGGGUGCUGUGCACUGUGCCGAAGAGAUCCAGGUCCCUGACACCCCAAGCUGACACCAGAGUCCUGACUUCUGGGCUGGCAGGGCAGGGGAGGGGGCAGCUGUGCGAAUCUACCUCACAGGCCCACCCUCUGUGGGGCAUGUCAGAGGGCAGAAACACCAGCCCUACCCCCAACAACCUGAGGGUGUCGCGGGCCUCCCCAGAGAGAGUAGGGUGGGAGGGAGGAUUGACUCCUUGGUCAAAAGGACAGCCACCCACCGCUUGGUCUCCAGAAAGUUUCCAGAAAGUGCUUUUAUGUGUCUUGCAUGCAUUGGGUGGGUGGGUGGGGAGCAAAGGGGCCUCCCACCACCCCCUCCACACCAUCCUGCCCCAGUGACGUCCACCUCACCACUGGGGAUGGGCCCUCCUUGUACCCCUCACUGGGGGGCAUGGCUAACCCCAAGCUGCACCCCGCCCCUCUGUGCUCGCUCACCUGUGUGUCUGUGUGGUGUGCGUGUGUGUCCUUGCUGUGUCGUGAAACCGUGACCGUCACCCAGUCCGAACCACAGCUCAGCCCGAGGCCCAGAGUUAUGCAACUGUCUCUGUGUGUCCUGGCAGCAUCGCGGCUUUGAACUCGAUAACUCUUUAUUUUAGUAAGAUGCCCCAGGAGUUCUCCACGCUCCCGUCGGGCUGACAGAGGUGUUAUUUUUUUGGCCAUAGAACCUACAUAGAUGAGGUCCGGAUGCUGAAGCCGGGGCCCUGCAGGGCAUUUGCCUUAGUGGAUAUGUUUAUACAGAAGAAUAUAAAGAUUUCUUUUGGCAUUUUGGUUUUUCACCCCCUCCCUCUCACACACACAUACACACAAAGCUACUUCUUCAUCUGGUGGUACGAUUAUUUUUUUUAACUAAAAUGAGAUAAAAUUCUA